AUGCCUGAUCCGGCAGACACAAGUAAACCAGAAGGCUCUAAAUUGGACUCCUCAUCCAACUGCAGUGCUUCCUUGUUAGUAGAGAAGGUACCUCUCUCCCAUUCCAUUCAUGAUCUUCGUUCUACUGAAGGGGAGCUUACGAGUGAAGAUCGGAGGGCCCUACUCCGUUCAAGGAAAAACCACCAGUUAGAUGAUUUGAGCACGGGACGGUCGUACUCAGAGCGUUCACCGAACGCGAGAUCGUUAUCACGGAAUCAUCUUACAGUCCCAACAGCUUCCACCAUCAGCUCUCGAAGCCACACUCAUUCAAAUAGCAGUCAAGAAUCCACAGAAUAUCCAGAUGCUACAUCCAGAAAACCACCUGAACCACUGAAAGAUUUCAUCACAAAGAAUCGGAAAAGACCCAUGAAGGGGUGGCAUGAACUUACUCGUGGAAGGAAUAUAACUCGAAUUGAUCUCGCCAAUACCAACGUAAAGUGCGAAGCUGAUAAAUUGAGGAUUAUAAUUGACACUUCAGCUUUUGUCUAUCAACUCAAGUUUGAAGAUCCAGACAAAUUCCAAAAGUGGUUGACAGCAAUUAAAGAGCACCGGGCAUAUGAUCAGUUCCAAAGUGCACUCGUUUCAACGGGUCGCCCUAGUGGUUUUAAGCCGACUUCCAGUACUUCAUCCAAUGUUGGUGGAGAUGGAGUAAUGUCCACAAGUAGCUGCGCCUCUUUUCCCACAACUCCUGAAUGUCCAGAUAGAUCGAAGACCUUGAGGCAGCAGCAACGGCUAGCGAAUGAGCAAAUGGAAGCCAUAGGAAAGCAAGUUUUGAGAUUAGAAUCAAUUUAUGCCGACCUCCAGAAUGCUGAAAGUCUUUUAUUGGACGCAACGGAAAUCGAUAAUUUCAGUCCAACACGCAGUCUUUUCCUAUCACCUCUGCCUUACAACCCCUCCGAUGUUGCCUCCAACAAACCAAAUCACAGUCGUGUCAGCUCGAUCUCCUCCAUGACUAGCCUGUACACGGCCGUUCAGGUGACGCCAACAAUUGUGGCCGAUCCACAUCCUAACCACAUGAAUGGCAUUAGCAACAAAAAAGAAACCGGUGUCGUUUCUAACGCCGCAAAUUUUAUCAACCAGGCGAAACGGUUCAUCGAGGAAGCGAGAGCCACCCUUGCAUUGGUCCAACAAACGCAUCAAGGUCUCAACUCAGCGAUAACCACAAACAAAAAUUCAAUGCAUACCUUAACAACUAAUCCUAAACCAGGACGUUCCUCGAAUAUUCGAUUAGAAACUGAUUUAGAGCUGGAAAUGUCGGGAGUUGAAAACUCAGAGGAUUCUAAUUCCGACGAUAUGCCCGUGUUGAAUGAAUCAGACAUGAACGUUCUGGAUAUGAAGGGAGUUGCGUUGAGGACGCCUGAACAUGUUGCUGGAAGAAGAACCACCUUGCCCGCACAGCAAACGGUACCAACCACGAUCAGUUUGCUUGCAAUAAUAAAAAACAAUAUCGGUCGAGAAAUGUCCAAACCCAGGCUACCUGCAAUUGUCAAUGAGCCGCUGAGUGUUCUGCAAAAUCUUUGCGAAGAAAUGGAAUACAGUAACCUCUUAGACCUCGCUUCAGAAAUGAAAGACCAAACACAAAGAAUGCUGUAUGUGGCCACAUUCAUCAUAACCACCUUCACAAGCAAAGCCCAACGAAAAGCAAUCAAACCUUUCAGUCCCCUCCUGGGAGAAACAUUCGAAUGUAUCCGGCCCGAAAAAAAGUGGCGAUUUCUGGCUGAACAGGUAGUGUAUUGUCAGUUAAUGCCUAACCUUGAUAUUUAA